UCCAAUCGCCGUGGGCCCGGGAGCUGGCCCCCGGAGCACUGCGUCCUCAAUGGCCGGCGACCCCUGGCGGAGGGAGGAAGGGAAGGUCCCCGACGGCAGGCGACCCAAGGCUGGGGCCGGAGGGCCCCUGCGCCUCCGUGACUGGCUGGUGGCGCAGAUUGAGAGCGGGCGCUAUCCGGGGUUGCUCUGGGAGGACGCGGGCAAGACCCUCUUCCGCAUCCCCUGGAAGCACGCAGCCAAGCAGGGGUACGAGGCGCAGCAGGACGCGGCGCUCUUCAGGGCCUGGGCCAUAUACAAGGGCAAGCACCUAGAGGGCACUGACAAGGAGGACCCCUCCACUUGGAAGACACGGCUUCGCUGUGCUCUCAACAAGAGUGCCGACUUCUGUGAGGUGCGUGAGCGCAGCCAGCUGGACAUCUCCAAUCCCUACAAGGUCUACCAGAUUGUGUCCAACGAUGCCCAUGUCCCAGUUACCAGGGCUUGUGCUUCUUCUGAAGAGGAUGUCAUUCUCCAGAGCCAGCAGGAGCCCCCUAGAGAAGUGGCGGAGCCAGCCUGCAGGACAGACCAGGCUGGCUCCGGAUUAGCCACAGAGGAUAAGGACAAGGAGCAGCGCCCCCGGCUGGCCCAGCAGGGCUCACUGCCACCAGCUGCCCUGCUCCCAGGCCCUUUGGUUGACCACAGGUAUCAGGCCCAGGACCCCUCACACCUCUGGAGCCCUUUGCCUUCUGAGGACUUCAGCAACUCUGAUUGCUGGCUGCACGUCCGACUGUUCUACGGCGCGGAGCUUGUGCGCGAAGCCACCGCGCGCACCGCGGAGGGUUGCCGGCUGAGCGCGGGGGCCGCUGUUGCCUCCGCCGCGGAGCGUCUUCUGGGGCCGCCACCGCGCGUCGCACAGGUUCGCUUCCCGGAGCCGCCGCCCGGAGCCCGCGUGCUGCAGCGCCUGCUGCCGCACCUGGAGCGCGGCGUGCUGCUGUGGGUCGCGCCCGAAGGAGUAUUCGCCAAGCGCCUGUGCCAAGGCCGCGUGUACUGGCGCGGCCCGCUCGCCCCGCACCGCGCGCAGCCCAACAAAUUGGAGCGUGAACGCACCUGCCAGCUGCUCGACACGCGCCGCUUCCUCGCCGAACUGCGGGCCCACCUGCAGGAUGGUUGCCCAGAGCCUGAGUACCAGAUCCAUCUGUGCUUUGGAGAGGAGUACCCAUGCCCCCCAGACCAGCCCCAGGAGCGGCUCAUCAUGGCCCAUGUGGAGCCAGUCUUUGCGCGAGAGCUCCUGCUGCAUUGGAAGCACCACAACCACAGUGCAUUGGUGGCCAGUCCCCAGUCCAUACAUCCCUGAUGGCAUCACUCACUUGGUGACACAGCUGAGUCAGCCCUAAGCAGCUGCUUCCUCCUUGUACCCUCUAAAGUCAGCCCCCCACAGGGUGUGGACCCCACCCCUGCUCUGUCCAAACUGAGCCAGUAGACUUGGGGCCUCCCCCACCCACCAUCUAGCUGAGGUGGGAUAGCGGAAGCCAAUCGUGGCCUUCAACCUCUGAGCUGAGGAUAUGUAGCCCUGGAAUACUCUAUGUAGGUGGACAGGCAGAAACCUAACUUGACCUUGAGAUUCCAGAAACAGCAAUUAGGGCAGAAGAAACAAGAUUUCAUCUCUUUGUUGAGAGCCCAACAUGCCUAUAGCGGUUUAGCUAAAGCAGACCUUACCUGCGAUUGAUCUAUUAUAAGCUUUGCUUAAAGCUGAGUUUACCGCCCUGCCCAGUUUGGCUCAGCGGUUGGAGUGUUGU